AUGACGCCUUCAAACCUCAUGUUCGCGGACCAAGCCAGGAGGCUGACGGCUAAGGAGAAAAACAAGCUGAGAAAACCGCUGAUCGAAAAAAUGCGGAGAGACCGAAUGAAUAGCAGCAUUGAGCAGCUGAAACAGCUGUUGGAAAAAGAAUUGCAAAGCCAGCGGGCUGGUUCGAAGCUGGAGAAGGCCAACAUCCUCGAAAUGGCCGUCAGCUACCUGAAGCAUCAGAACCGGACGCAGGGUGCAGCUCCGGGAAAGGAAACGUUAUCUCAGCCAGCCCGUAGAAAUCAGCAAAGAUUUGAGGUGCAGGCAGAAAACGCAUUCGCCAUCUCUGUUAAGAUAUGA